ACGAAAUAUUUGUUCAGAAAUGAAAAAGUAAAGGAAAUGCCUCUGAAAAGUUCAAAGUUUAAAGUUUAAAUUCACAGUUUCCGCUGCAAAUAGUAAAAAGAAGCAUUUUUUAAAUGCAAAAUGAAAAGUAGUUAUUGUGACAAUUAUGGUUCUGUUAUUUUUUGACCAACGUUAUUAAUGACAUGACCAUGUUUUGUUGCAAUGAUAUGUGCAUUUAUCUCUAUUUCUUCCCAACGGUGAUAUAGUUUUAUUUGCAUUAACAGUUGCAUGUUUUAAUUCGGACCAACGUUGAAUUAUAAUUUGCAAUUGUACUGUUCUCACUUCUUUGUGGUUUUUCACGAGGGUUCUACUUGAUGAACUGCAUCAAGGAUGUUCCCACCCUUAGAGGGGAUAACUACACAGAAUGGAGGAAGAAGGUGGAUUUCGCCUUCGUCUGUGCUAAGGUGGACUGGGUGGUUGACACACCGCAGCCCAUCAAGCCUGCUGACCCCGUCAGAGCUGACGGGGAUACUGAUGAUGCAUGGGCUCAAAAGAAAAGGGACCAUGCUCCUGUGGAGAUGUCCUACGCCUUAGAGAACAGAAAGUGGCAGACUGCCAACAAAAAGUGCAUGGCAUUCAUAAAGAAUACAAUUGAGAACGCCAUUGUGGACUCAAUUACAGAGUGUGCUUCCGCUGGGGAGGACCUAGAAAAGAUAAAGAGCCAGUUCACUGGUUCUUCAAAGACAUAUGCAACCCAGCUGUUGAAGCAGCUGGUGACAGAAAAGUAUACUGGAGGUGCACAUGGCAUCAGGGAGCACAUCCUCAGGAUGGGCAACAUGGCUGCAAAGCUGAAGCCCAUGGAUGCUGACCUGGAGCUGAAGCCUGCCCUUCUGGUUCACUUGGUGAUGGCUUCAUUGCCACAACAGUUUGACAACUUUGUCAUCAAUUACAACAUGAGCCCUGAGAAAUGGGACAUUGAAAAGACCAUUGCCAUGUGUGUGCAAGAGGAGGAUAGACUCAAGGCACAGAAUGGAGGUACCAUCAAUUAUGUGAAGGACAAUAAGAAAAGGCCCUUCACACCAAGCAACAAUGGUUCUCCUUCAAAGCAAUAUGGUAAAGCCCCAAUGCAGCAUCAGCAGAAGUUCCAGCCCAGGCCAUUGCCAGUGAACAAAGAUCAGUGUCUUCACUGUCAGAAGACUGGGCACUACAAGAAAGACUGCCCCGCUUUUCUGAAAGAACUAAUGGCAAAGAAAGGGAUUCCAUUCGACGAGGACUACGAAAAGAGACGAAGGAUGCGUUGAAGUCGCGAAUGGAAUUCAAGCAGAAGUUGAAGCUGUUGGCGACGUCCUCUUGGAGCUAGCUGAUGGCUUGACUAUUCUGCUUAGAGAUGUCUUAUUUGUUCCUUCCAUACAUAGAAAUUUAAUAAGUGUAUCGUGCUUAGAUAAAGACAGUUAUCAAUGUUAUUUUGGACAUGGCAAAUGUGCCAUAUGGUGUAAUAAUUCUUAUG